AUGCGCCUCAGCUCGGCCGGCCCCGCGCUCGCCGCCAUGGACAAGCGCGGCCUGCAGCAGCAGUGGUGGGACGACGCGAGGCGCGUGUCUCAUGCGGCGACGUCCCUCAAUACUGACCUUAUGCGCCCCUCGAGGAGUGCCUCCAGCAGCCCUGUGCCCGAGGAGGUGUUGCAAGCAGUGGCGCUGCGCCGCAGCAUCUGCAGCGGCACGCGCCACGGGCCGGCCGCAGCCGCAGCCGCCAGCACUUCCGCGCCCGGGUUGGGCGGCCAAAGCGGCCCGUUGCCGCUCGAUCCCUGGCGCGGCAGCGGCGGGGAGCAGCAAUUGUCGACGCCGCAGCAGGCGCAGCCGCAGCGCCCACAAAUGCGUCGCAGCAUGCUGGCCGCGGGUUCGCCGCCGCCCUCGGCGCAGGGCGCGUACGUCUCGAACCGUGAGGCCGCCUCCUCGUUGACCGCGCGCAGCGCAGAGAAGGAGCAGCUGCUCUCAUACCUUCAGGCGCGCUCCAGCACCAUGAGCAGGAUGCUGGGGUCCCCGACACCCACUGCCCUGACGGGGCUCGGGGCCGAGCAGGGUGUCGGCACAGGCCUGCUGCUGAUGCCGCCGCCACCCGAGCCGCAGGGCUGCGGCGGGGGCGCGCUCGCGGAUCCGCGUCCAAGCGGCGGCACCGGCGGCGCUCGCGGCAGCUUGGCGUGGGGCAGGGCCGCCGGAGCAGGUGCCGGCGCCUACGCGCCGCCACACCAGCACGGCGUCUUUGU